AUGAAGUUAUCUGAUUUGUAUCUUAUUUCCUCUUUGGUAGUGGGUUCUCUCGCUUAUCCCGUCAGGCAUCAGCACAGGCAUAAGCGUGAGGCUGACAUCGUCACAGAGUUCAAUACCCAGAUUGUUACUGUUACUACAGCCAUUGCCGCAGCUCCCAGUACAUCUGUCACCCCUCCUGCUACCACAUCCGCAACCACCGCUUCUACUCCACAGUUAGCGUCGAACGGCGCUGGCGAAACCACCUCCUUGAGCACCAUCUACACAACUUCUUACAUUACUCUUGAUGACAGCGAGGUUUCAUCCUAUCUUGCUCAGCUCGCUCAAUCCCAAGCUUCUACUACCAGCAUUGCUAUCGUCAAUAAGGGUGUUCAUGUUUCUCACAUUACCACAUCGUCUGCUCCUGUUGUUACGACUAGCCAAGAAGUUAGCUCCAGCUCUGCGUCCACCUCCUUGACCCAAUCUUCAUUUGCCGCUGCCGUUUCUACUGAAACUGGUGUUGCCGCUUAUGCUGUCAAGGGUAAGGGUAUCACGUACUCUCCGUACGCCGAUGACG